AUGACGACUUCGCUGCUCCUGCACCCGCGCUGGCCGGAGAGCCUUAUGUACGUCUAUGAGGACAGCGCGGCGGAGAGCGGCAGCGGCGGCGGCGGGGGAGGCGGCGGCGCGGGCGGCGCGGGGGGCGGCUGUAGCGGCGCGAGCCCCGGCAAAGCCCCGAGCAUGGACGGUCUGGGCGGCAGCUGCCCUGCCAGCCACUGCCGCGACCUGCUCCCGCACCCCGUGUUGGCCCGCCCGCCGGCUCCUCUGGGUGCCCCUCAGGGCGCCGUCUACACGGACAUCCCAGCCCCGGAGGCGGCGCGCCAAUGCGCCCCACCGCCGGCGCCCCCCACCUCGUCCAGCGCCACCCUGGGCUACGGUUACCCAUUUGGGGGCAGCUACUACGGCUGCCGCCUGUCGCACAACGUGAACCUGCAGCAGAAGCCUUGCUCCUACCAUCCGGGAGACAAGUACCCAGAGCCGUCGGGCGCCCUGCCUGGUGACGACCUGUCCUCUAGGGCUAAGGAGUUCGCCUUCUACCCCAGCUUCGCCAGCUCCUACCAGGCAAUGCCCGGCUACCUGGACGUGUCGGUGGUGCCCGGGAUCAGCGGGCACCCGGAGCCGCGUCACGACGCGCUCAUCCCUGUUGAAGGCUACCAGCACUGGGCUCUUUCCAAUGGCUGGGACAGUCAGGUGUACUGCUCCAAGGAGCAGUCGCAGUCCGCCCACCUCUGGAAGUCUCCCUUCCCAGACGUGGUUCCUCUACAGCCUGAAGUGAGCAGCUACCGGCGCGGGCGCAAGAAGCGCGUGCCCUACACCAAGGUGCAGCUGAAGGAGCUAGAGAAGGAGUACGCAGCCAGCAAAUUCAUCACCAAAGAGAAGCGCCGGCGCAUCUCAGCUACCACGAACCUCUCGGAGCGCCAGGUCACCAUCUGGUUCCAGAACCGGCGUGUGAAAGAGAAGAAGGUGGUCAGCAAAUCGAAAGCGCCUCAUCUCCACUCCACCUGACCUUCCUUUCGCCUGCCCUCCUGCCCCGACUAUUUAUGUCAGUGCUUUGUACCAUAACAGAAUUCACCCGAAGGACGCUGCACCGGCGCAGACCACUAUUUAAUCCUACCGAGAAAGAGGAACAGCUCUGCCUUACCCUAGUUCCAUCCCACCCCUAAUCUCACCGCCCACCCCGCGCCAGUCGGCACCCACUCAGCACCCGCAGCUGUAGAGGUGGGUUCGAAUGGGGUGCGAGAGGAAGACUGUCUCUAACCCCCCUGGCCUUGGUGGCUUGUCCCACUAGAAAGCCAAGUGGCCAGGAUAGCCCAGUAAUUCCUACCAAAGCAGGACUGGGGGAUUCCAAAUUACUCAAUUCUUGCCUCUUCCUGUGUCUCUUAUGAAAGACCCUCCUUCCGGGGUGCAUGGGCACAGGAUCUGGGGAGCUCUUUCUUUCUUUCCUGUUCCCCCUUUUUACUCUCAUUCCUGGACUCCAUAGGCAAGGUUUCCCCAGUUACGAUUGAUUUUUCUGUGCAUCUUUUAAAAGUCGUGUUAAUAUUGAUGCUAAUCCUUAGGGCCUGGCAGUGUAAUGUAAUUCAAACUAAACUGUUCUCGGAGUUUGUAGAUUUGAUCUCUUUCUUUCUUUCUUUCUUUCUUUCUUUCUUUCUUUCUUUCUUCCUUCCUUCCUUCCUUCCUUCCUUCC